CUGUUAAAGCUUUGAAUAGCGUUUCCGCUCGUGGACCGGAAGUGCUCUUGGUGGCGGCGCGGGACGCCAUUUUAGCUCAUUCAUCUUCACAGGCGGUGAGAUUUCCUGAUCGAUACGGAAAUAAACGGCAAUAAAGAUGGUUAAGAUCUUUGUUGGCAACCUAUCCUCGAGCACGACCACGGAAGAUCUGCGCUCGCUUUUUUCUCAGUACGGCAAAGUAAAAGAGUGUGACGUCCUGAAAAAUUAUGGCUUUGUACACAUGGACGGUAAGCAGGAGGCCGAAGAGGCUAUUCGCAAACUGCACCAUCAUGAGCUGAAAGGUCAACCUAUAAAUGUGGAGAUGAGCAAAGGAAAACCCAGGGGCUCAACCAAGCUGCACGUGAGCAACAUCGGCAGUAACUGCACCAACCAACUGCUCCGGGAUUUGUUUGAAAAGUAUGGUCCUGUAGUUGAGUGUGACAUAGUGAAAGACUAUGCCUUUGUACACAUGGAGCGAAUGGAGGAUGCCAUGGAGGCCAUCAGUGAGCUGGAAAACACAACCUUCCAAGGCAACCUGAUCAAAGUGCAACUAUCCACGAGUCGCCUCCGCACGAUACCCGGCAUGGGAGACCAAACUGGCUGUUAUGUCUGUGGAGAGCAGGGCCACUGGUCCAAAGAUUGCAGACGUGGUCAGAAUGGUAGCUAUGGUGGUUCGGGGGGAUUCCAUGGCGGUAGAGGCCCCCCGAGGGGUGGGCCAAGUUAUGGCAUGAGUGGCCCUGGAGGUCCUCCUAGCCGAGGCUACCCAGCAGGGCCACACCCCCCUCCCCCACCUAUGAGCCGGCGUCCCAGCUACGGCGAGUACGGCGCAGAUGCUCGAGAUCGGUUCCCCAGCAGGCCGCCGAGCACCUAUCCAGAGAGGCCGCCCGCAUAUGACCGAGAUCGUUACGGAGGCAUCGAUUUCUACGAGAAGUAUCGGGCUCGUCCGGUUGGCUCUAGCCCUUUUGCGGAUAGGCCUCUCUCUAUCCCCCCUCCUCCCCCUCCCCCUUCUUCUUCUCUCUCAAGGAUUCGGUUGGCUCCUCCCAGCCUUGAUCCCUAUGAACGACGUCCUCUGGCGCCCCCACCUCCCACAGCAUCGGCAUACUUCUCGCGGGACCGUAGCCCAAUCAGGCGUGUGGGCACGGGUUCAGAAGGCUACUUGUAUGAGCGUUCGCGACUUUCCCCGGUCUCGAGGAGCUCAUCAUCAUACCCCGUGCCGCGAACCAGGGACAGCUACACCGAGCGGGUUCGAUACGCAUACUAAGCCACACACAUGCUAAGGUGUUCAAAUGAUACAGCUUUCCUUCCACCUAUAUGACUUUGAUCAAAAAUGACCCAAGAUGCUGCGCUGGAUUUAAAAGACGGAGGAUUGAAAAGACACUUUGAUCACAAUUAUUCGAUCUGCUUCUAAAUAUUUUACCCAUAUUACACACAUACAGAUUGAUUUUCCCAUUAUUAAAGCAUAUUUUUGUCACCUGUGCAUAAGUUAGUGUUUUGUAGAUGGGUUUUGCCUCCAGUAUCCCAGAGGUAAGGUAAAAUAUCUGAUGUCAGCAUCAUUUUUAAGAUUUAUUAAUAGCAAAUAACCAUAUUCGAGUGAGGCUUUUUUGUUCUUUAGUGUUCUUGUGAUCCAUUUUUUUUCUUUGUCAAGAUUUUCUCCAGCUGUUAGGUCUGCUUGCCACUAAAUAUUUUGACUUUAAUUAAAAAUAAAGGGAUAGUUCACCCAAAAACAAACCUGUAUUUUUGAGAAAUUUUUAUAACCAAACUGAUCAUAGGGCCCCAUUGACUUGCAUUGUUUUUUUUUUUGGCCCUACUGUGGAAGUCAAUUAUGCCUCAAAAUAUCUUUUAGUGUUCAUCAAAACAAAUAAAUUAACACAGGUUUAUAACAACGUGAAGGUGAGUAAAUUAGGACAGAAUUUUCAUUUUUGUGUAAACUACCCCUUUAAGUUUUGUAAGGACAAUCUGUUUUUUUUUUCCUUUUGGUGAUUUUAUUUUUUUAUUUGGGGCAGUGGCCAUCUGUAUUUGAAUAUUACAGCUGCAAAAUGCUUUAAUGAAAAAUAAAUUCAAAUCCAACAUUCCAACUUCAUAUCUGCUACAGGUGAUUGGUUUUAUGGAAAUGUAAAAAAAAUCAGAGUUGAGAUUCUCAUCUGCUCGAAGAUGCUUGUCAUUCAUUUGGUUGUUGUGUCUAUUUGGUACAGUUAAAGGUGGGACAACUUGUUAUACUUUAAGGUUUUGUGUAAAAUUUAGACGUUUGGUUUAAUUUGACUUUUUUACUGCUUGUUCUUUUAGAUGUGAUUUCAUCACAACGUAAAAAUGUUGGGCAGUUAAUGUGGUAUGGGUGAUCAUUUUUGUAGCCCUAUCUGGUUUUGGACCUGAUUUUUCUGUUUGUGCUUACCAAUGACUGUUUGUGGCAAGGGAUUUUAAAUUGUAUGAGGCACCUGAAUGUGUGAAGAUGGAAAUAUGGACUGUACGUGAGAGUGAAUUAGGAACGUGCAGACCAACUCUCACUCAGGGCUUUAUUCACCUUUCGAGACUGCUGACAUUUAUUAGCGUUUCUUCUUUAUGGGUGCCUUGGGAAGCUCUGUGAAAAUGUUUAUAAAUUUGAUUUUCUGUAGUUUGUACAUUUCCUACAGAAGUCACGAGUGUGUUUUAUGAAUUAUCUUUUGUAAUAAACCAAUAUUUUGGUGACAAA